AUGCCAAAAACCUCAACCUACCGACUUAAUGGCACCCUGGCCUCCACUACUCGUACCCAAAAUAAACAGUUAGAUCCAAUUCUCCCAGCCUUCAAUUCUCCACUGUGCCAGGCACUAUAUCAAUUCAUACGUCUUCUCCUUGGCAUGAAACAACUUUCCGAUCCAUGGCCGUCCCCUCCAAACUCAGAACAGUUAGCUCAGUUCCGUCAUAGCUGGGGUGGAGAUACAUUGGAGGAAGGCGAAAUCUUUGCCAUUUUAGAAAACAAAAUCUCCGCCAACACAAACCUCCCGGUUCAUGGAAAAAAAAAGGUUCUUCAUGAAUCGAACCGACUAGCUUUUCUUGAGCAUCUGACGAAGACUAGAUUUCCUUAUCCAUGUUUCAACUGGAAUGAACUAUCGACUUCGCCAUGGAACGUGGCAUUUUCCCGACUUAUCUUGCGACAUUGGAAUUGUGCCCGGUUAGCUGGAAGUUUUCUUCGCUACUCGAUGGAACCCAAAGCUGCUGCAGAACCUUCUACUAUUCUGGCUCUCAUCACUCGAUGGUUCAAUGGAAGGCGUGAUUCCAUACGAAAAGAAGAGCGGAAACCAGGCUCUGCUGAGACGCAGAAGAGGCUUGUCCAGAGUAGCCGCCGGCGCAAAACACUUGCCAAGCAUCGAAGUGAUACACUUGAGAUGAUGAAAGUUCCCGAGAAGUUUUGGGGAAUUUUUGAAGAUCCUCUUUGCAAUUCCGACACUGAGAGCCUGGAGGAUGGGACUCUGGUUAAAGUUAAACUGAAAUGGCGCUCCGAGCUGGCCUCUUCGCUGGCAAACAAGGUGGAUCAGAUUUCAAUUCGGAGAAAAAAGGAAGAUAACCGAAGAGCGUUUGGUCCAGGCCAACUCUUGGAAACCCGUCGUCAGCACUCCAUGCAGAACAUCCAACCCAACAAAAACACAAAAGUUCCACGGGGCCUGGCUGUAGAUUUCUAUGAUGAUCAAUUUCUUGAGGGUCUUGGAGAACAAGCACGAUAUGAAAUGGGUGUUGAAUCGUCUUUGGGCUUGUCAGAUCUGUGCUUUCAUUUGGAGAAAUACUCCUUCAAUUCUCAGGGGUGA